UAGGUCGGCCUCGCGCAUCAUGCGGUAUGCGUCUGUUUGGCUCGCCAAAGCCUUGAGCUUCUUGUCGCCGAGAAACUGAUGAUCAAAUUCGUGGAAAUCGCACACAGGAGCAAUAGCCAUGACGUCCAAGUAUUUUUGUGCUAGUUCAGUGACUGCGUUACGGUACAGCAGAGCCGAAGAAAGGUUUGCCAAUUCUUCAAGCGACACUUCUUCUCUGGACAGACAUCUCCUAGCGCGGCUGUGCAAAGAGGUGUUGGGGCCUACACAAUCUGGUCCUGGAUUGCUGGAAAAGUACCUAAGAGCCUCCCUCCUAACGGCGUCGCGUGCCGAGAUCUUGAAAUUCCUUGAUGUGGCCGGGUUGGCGCUCGGUUCGUUGCAAGUAGAUGCUUGGGUCAUCUUUGAUGUGUUGUGGAAGUUCUUCGCUGAUGCAGGAAGAAAAUAAGAAGUUGGGAAGAGAGAAUGGAAUGAAUGGGUGAUGUUAUAUGAUUAUCUUGACCAGGAUCAAUCCAGUACAAGAACUGUUCGAC